GACUGACUUUAUGGACAAACAUAAACCUUUCGAAUAAGAUUGUCAAACACAACCAUCUCUGUCUCUCCGUGGACAAAACCCUUCUUCAUAAAGGUUCAGUCUUUUAGUAUUCCAACGACCAUAAAACCCUCCCCUAACCAAUCUAUUUCUCUCUUCCUUUCCACGACUCUUUCUCAUUUCAACAAUGGCCUCAACGCCUCCUCACUGGUCCCUCUUCACCGCCACCACCAGCAACCAACGUCAGACCCGUCAACAACCCAACCACCGUCAAUGGCUUCCACCGCGUGUCUCUUCCUCCCCUCGCGGCUCCCGCUCCCUCUCCUCACCAUCCCCUGUCGCUGCUUCCCAUCGAAAGCUUCCAACUUUCUCUCCUCUCCUAACCCCAAACUCCGCUCCUCUCUCCUCCGAUUUCUCCGGCCGUCGAUCGACCCGGUUCGUCUCCAAGAUGCAUUUCAACCGACCCAAAACCACAACCUCCGCUUCUCGCCACUCCACCGCCGCCGAACACGCACUCCAUACCCUCACCGCAUUCUCCGGCUCCGACAACGACGAGACGUUCCAGACCCUAAUCUCCACCCUCGAGCCAACCCUCCGCUCCUCCGACGACUACACUUUCCUACUCCGGGAGCUAGGGAACCGAGGCGAGUGCCACAAAGCCCUCCUCUUCUACAACUUCUCCAUCCAGCGAGAGAGGAGAAACAACGAGCGAGGGAAGCUAGCUAGCGCCAUGAUAGGCACUCUCGGUAGACUAGGCAAAGCAGACAUCGCUAAAACCGUCUUCGAAAGCGCUUUAUCAGGUGGAUACGGGAACACCGUCUACGCCUUCUCCGCUUUAAUAAGCGCUUAUGGAAGAAGCGGGCUCCACGAGGAAGCUAUUAGUGUCUUUAACUCCAUGAGAAGCUACAACUUGAGGCCUAACUUGGUCACCUACAACGCCGUCAUCGACGCGUGCGGUAAAGGAGGGAUGGAGUUCAGCAGAGUGGUUGAGUUUUUGGAAGAGAUGGAGAGGAACGGUGUGCAGCCGGAUAGGAUCACUUUCAACUCUCUGCUCGGUGUGUGCAGCAGAGGAGGUUUGUGGGAGGUAGCUAGGAGUCUCUUCGACGAGAUGGUGCAUAGGAAGAUCGAGGGUGAUGUGUUCUCUUACAAUACUCUUUUGGACGCCCUCUGCAAAGGAGGACAGAUGGAUCUCUCUUUCGAUGUUCUUGCUCAGAUGCGCGGCAAGAGGAUCAUGCCUAACGUUGUGAGUUACAGCACCGUGAUCGAUGGGUUUGCCAAGGCAGGGAGAUUCGAGGAAGCUCUCAGCUUGUUCGAUGAGAUGAGGUAUCUCGGUAUUGCCUUGGAUAGAGUCUCUUACAAUACUUUGCUUUCGAUUUAUACUAAAGCUGGUAGAGACGAAGAAGCGUUGGAUGUUCUUAGAGAGAUGGCCUCUGCUGGGAUCAAGAAGGAUGUUGUGACUUACAAUGCUCUUCUUGGAGGGUAUGGGAAGCAAGGGAAGUACGUAGAAGUGAAGAGCGUUUUCGACGAGAUGAAAAGGGAGCGUGUCUUGCCUAAUCUACUGACUUAUUCGACGUUGAUCGAUGUGUAUUCGAAAGGGGGUUUGUACAGGGAGGCGAUGGAGGUGUUCAGGGAGUUUAAGAGCGUUGGUUUGAGAGCUGACGUUGUGUUGUACAGUGCGUUGAUCGAUGCAUUGUGCAAGAAUGGGUUGGUUGGUUCUGCUGUUUGUUUGAUAGAUGAGAUGAGUAAGGAAGGGAUUAGUCCUAACGUCGUGACUUAUAAUUCUAUCAUUGAUGCCUUUGGUCGGUCUGCAACCACUAGAGAUGGUUGUAGCUUAGGAGUGGGACCUUCUUCUUCUUUUUCUUUAAGUACAUUGAGUGGAACAGAGGAUAACCGUGUAAUAGAGAUAUUUGAGCAGUUGACCAUUGAGAGUAGUACUAACAGAAAGAAGAAAGAUUGUGAUGAGGGUAUGCAUGAGCUCUUCAGUAUAUUAGAAGUUAUCCGCAAAAUGCAUCAGCUGCAAAUCAAACCAAAUGUAGUAACCUUUUCAGCUAUUCUGAACGCUUGCAGUCGGUGCAAUUCAUUUGAAGAUGCAUCAAUGCUGCUAGAGGAGCUCAGGGUGUUUGAUAAUCAGGUGUAUGGUGUUGUUCAUGGACUUCUCAUGGGACAUAGAGAGAAUGUGUGGCGUCAAGCUCAGAGCUUAUUCGACAAAGUAAAGGAAAUGGAUGGUUCUACCGCUUCUGCUUUCUACAAUGCUCUUACAGAUAUGCUCUGGCACUUUGGUCAGAAACGAGGGGCGCAACUGGUGGCGCUUGAGGGAAGAUCUAGACAAGUUUGGGAGAACGUGUGGUCGACUUCGUGCUUGGACUUACACCUUAUGUCUUCUGGUGCUGCAAGUUCAAUGGUUCACGCUUGGUUGCUAAACAUUCGCUCCAUUGUGUAUGAAGGUCAUGAGCUACCUAAAGUCAUGAGCAUAUUAACUGGUUGGGGAAAACACAGCAAAGUGGUUGGAGACGGAGCGCUAAGGCCAGCGGUUGAUGCGCUUUUGAGGGAGAUGGACGCACCGUUCUACCUCUCGAAAUGCAACAUGGGACGGUUCACAUCAAACGGUUCGGUUGUAUCAACUUGGCUGCGUGAAUCUGCUACACUCAAACUCUUAACCCUCCAUGAUCAAUUAACCGUCAAAGCUAACUCAACAAUGAGAUCAAGAGACCAACAAGAACAAACCUCUCUGACGUUGCAGUCUCUGCUUCUGUAGCUCAACUCUGUUAUGUAAACUAUUUAUGACCAUCAGAUGUGUGUUUUGUCCCCAAUAGUGGUGGGGAUUAUGUGCUAAUAUCUUGUAACAAAAAAACACCAACUACUUAUGUGGACAUGGUUUUUAUUCAACCAGAUAAUGACGAAUCAAAUUUCGGACUAA